GGCGCCGGCGCCGCCUUCGCGCUGCAGAAGCUGCUGCCCGGGCGGCGGCCCGGGGCCCUGCGCUGGAGCAUGCUGCUCUCGGCCGGUGUGGGAUCCCUCGCCAGCUACAUCGUCACCAGAGCUGAGACGCAGAAAUGCACCGACUUCUGGGUUUUCCUGGAGACUGGCAAGUCCCUGCGGGAGCGUGCCCCGGACGAUGGCGUGCCUCAGCCCCCAGAAAACCUGCCCGUCCCAGAGGACAGAGCGACUGUGGCAGCACCGCUGAGGAGGAACAAGUACGGGGAUGUUGUGGAGUAGCGAGCGGAGCAGGCAGCACCAUGUCUGUGCCUUGUGGCAGCUCUCCUCACCCCUUCCCGUCAGCACAGCUGCCUUGGGACAUGCGGGGAUUGUACUCCUGCUCACGGGAGUUAGGGUGCAGUGGGUGUCGUAGGGAGCAGGUUGCCACACA